UUUAAUACAGUUUUCUUAGAGGUUUCGCAGCGUGCACAAAUCGAAGAGAUAUCCUUAGAGAAGAGUACCGUAUCGGUGUGUAGAGGGAGAUUACCCUUUGAUCCGUUUUCCGUAGACCGUGCAGUGGUUUAUUCGGAGUACAGUGUGUGAAGUUUGUAAAAGUGUUGGACAUUUGAAGAUUUAGAAUCGAAGAAAAAAGGACACUGUUCCAACGAGUUCAAGUGAAGUGAACGACAAAAUGAAGUAUAGCAUAGUAUUUGUAGUUGCUUUGUUUGGAGCCGCAAUGGCCCAGGACAGCUUCAAAUGCCCAGACGAUUUUGGUUUCUACCCACAUCACACAUCCUGCGACAAAUACUGGAAGUGCGACAACAACGUGGCUGAGCUGAAAACCUGCGGAAAUGGUCUGGCCUUCGACGCGACAGACUCAAAAUAUCUGACAGAGAACUGUGAUUACCUGCACAACGUUGAUUGUGGUGACCGCACACAGCUAGAACCGCCAAUCACGACUCCACACUGCGACCGCCUGUACGGUAUCUUCGCCGAUCCUGCCAAGUGCGACGUUUUCUGGAACUGCUGGAGUGGUGAAGCCUCUCGCUACCAAUGCUCUCCUGGAUUGGCCUACGACCGUGAAGCCCGUGUAUGCAUGUGGGCCGAUCAAGUUCCAGAAUGCAGGAACGAAGAAGUAGCCAACGGCUUCGCCUGCCCACCUGCCGGUGAAAUCUCCAACGCUGGAUCGUUCUCGCGACAUGCUCAUCCAGAGGACUGCCGUAAAUAUUAUAUCUGCCUAGAAGGAGUUGCCCGUGAAUACGGAUGCCCAAUCGGAACUGUCUUCAAGAUCGGUGAUUCCGAUGGAACCGGAAACUGCGAAGAUCCAGAAGAUGUUCCCGGAUGUGAAGAUUACUAUGGUGACUUGGACUUGAAAAGCAUCCGUAAAAGCGAACUCCUCGCCGGUCUCGCACAGGUCCAAGGUGGUGGCCAACCUGGCAAAACCACUUUCAAAUCCAACCGCCCAGGAAAGGAAAACUAAACUAUAAAUCAGAAUAUAGAAACGGAAAUCUUCUUCUAGAAGACCUAGAGACCUAGACGCUAGGGACAACAGCGGAACUAGUUUCUAAGAAAUAUUUUUUUAAACUUUGGAAUAUCCUCCGAUAAACAUUCUGCUUUUUGACCAGGAGGACAAUAGACUGUUAUUAAAGUAAAGAUUCUAGAUAAGUGAUAGUCAGAGAGGAAUACUCAAAUCUACAGAAAAAAAAAAUUACAAAUCUUUUACAAAACUAAGCAAACUUUUUCUAAAGAUGUCUCAUAAUUUUUAAAACUCAAGAGCAGUGAGCUUCGCUAGAUCAGAGAGAACACGAUUUUAAUUUAUUUAUUUUCCUUCCUCUUAGUUAAGAUGACGUGAAGCAUCGACUCUAAUUUCUACACAAAUGUGAACAAUCCUACCCGUCCUGUAGUCCACCUUAUCCAUAGAACCCUCUCAAUUUUACUGUGUACACCGACUGAGGAAUACUGCCUCAUAAAACAAGUUUCAACUUUUCUAUGAAAAAAGAGAUUUCAUUUGUAUGUAAAAAUUGGAAAAUCAAAUGCCUUAUACAGAAGAAGAAACCUAAGAAAAGAUUAUGAUAAAUAAAGGGAAAAAUCGAAAAAAAAAA